CAAGCCUGCAUACUAUCGUUUUCUGCUAGAUCGCUGUCCAUGUAUGUACUGGAACAAAAUGGCAUUUAUUGCGCAUAUUCUUCUCAUGGUGGUAUUGGCGCUGUGUACCGGGAAGAUACGGAGCGAAGCAUGCAGUCCUGACCAGAUUUACAAAUGCCAGGAACCAUAUUUUCGGCACCGCAAUGUGCUGAAAUUGUUGGAGUGGCCAAUGGCGGAUGCGGUUGUCAAUGCCUCGCAGCAACUGGUUCUUAAUUACUGCAGAGCAUCCAACGACUCCGCCCACUGCCUGCUCAGUUUACCGGUCCGUUGUGCUCAUGACGCGGCGUUUCUCCAGCAGUUUGCACAUGAAUCUUCCUGGUACGCAGCGGAAAUGCUUGGCGUCACGGCUAGGACAUGUCAGCUAGACAUCAACCCGUUGCGCUUCGCGCGCGCCUCAUCACACUGUCAAGAGCAACUUCCCGGUUUCAUCGGCGUGCUGCUACAAGGGAACUCGUCCGAGCUCGCGAGGGCCUCGCACAGCGCCACCAGCGCCCAGUAUAACGCAUGCGAAGCACUGCGCCAGAUUGCUGCCGGAUUUCAGGGCGCGGUCAGAGCGGACCUGUUGGAGAAAUGUGGCAGGGAAGCGGUGGAGGUGCUGCAGGAUGGUCAUCAGCAACUGUACGGUCUUCACUGCGUCACGUAAUAUUGUUGUUUUGGGACAAGCUUGCAUGCACGCGUGUUACAGUAUAUGCUAGUACGAUUGUGCGUUAUAAAGAUUCGUUGUACAGUGUUGUACUUGAACGUUGGCUAUCUCCAGGAUACACAUAAUUAAACUCAAAA